AUGCAUAACAGCUUCUGCAUACAGGUGUUCAUCGAUGAGUUGGAUGCCAUUGCACCUGCACGUAAGGAUGGAAGUGAAGAGCUUUCUCAUAGAAUGGUUGCAACAUUGUUGAAUUUGAUGGAUGGGAUUGGCAGAACUGAUGGGCUACUUGUUAUUGCUGCGACCAACAGACCAGACAGUGUAGAGCCUGCUCUCAGACGGCCUGGAAGAUUUGACAGGGAAAUUGAAAUAGGUGAUUUGAAAUCAUUCUUUCUUCUUUAA